AAGCAAUAGGAAGAAUUCACCUGAAGAAAAAUCAUUUUAUUUCAAAAAUCUGUGUGACAAGCCACGUAAACUCCACCUCGAUCAUUGAACAGUGCGCCCUCACUUCGACAACACACCUGUAUAAAGACGAUUGGCCUGAUGACGUUUUGACCUUGGCUUUUUAAUCUCUUUAUCUGUGCUGCUCAGCCUGCGUCUGAAGGGAACAGGGAGCUAAUCUCCAUGGGAACAUUGGGUCACGGCGUUGCAUAACACGUCAUCCUCACAGAAGCAGAGAGCCACCUCAGGCUGCGUAGCACAGCAGACCCAAGCAUUUGCAACACAAACCGUGGACACGGUGUGCACGUCUCUGCUUUUACACUUAUUUCUUCUUCUUGUUUCUACUUCUCCUGCGGACCGACAUUCGGAAUCGGAAAGGACUGGCGAAGGGACGGAUUUAAACGGGAUUAGAGUUCAUUGCACCACCUUAAUGAGGGGUGGGGCCUGCAAAGCUCUUGGUGUCCGUCCCAAAACAGACGCCCCCCGCCCCGCCGCUCCUGUGUCUUGCGGCAUCAGUACACAGUAGUGUGUACUGAGAGGACUGAGAGGGAGACCUUGAAGGCACCGUUCUGAUCAGCGUACCCGGACCUAGCGCAAUGAUUUGGGGACAAAAGGUCAGACUUCCGCAUGCAAGUGAAGUAAAUUCCCUUUUCCGGAUCCCACGGGGCCAAAGGAACUUGUUUUAUAUUGCUACAUGCAAUGGAUUCCACCGCUGUGUGUUAAUGCAGUACAAAACUUUGGAAACUUGAGAUGCCUGGAGGCGAGUACGAGGUGGAACCCACGAAGCGGCACCACAGCCUCCACAGCCUGUCGGAGAGCUCUGAAACCGGGCCGGACGAUGAGGGCCCGCCGCCCCUAACCCCCCUGCAGAAGCUCACUGCCGACAUGUGCAAGGACGAGAAGACCAUCAAGGACCUGAUCGUAGGCCGCAGGGUGGGCUUCUACAAGGUCCGCGGGGAGAUUGGCUGUGGUACCUUCUCCAGGGUCAAACUGGGUUUCCAUGCUCUCACAAAAGACAAGGUAGCCCUGAAGAUCCUGGAUAAGACCAGGCUGGACAGCCAGGCCCAGCGUCUGCUCUACAAGGAGAUCAGCAACAUGGAGUGCCUGCACCACCCCAACGUGGUGCGCCUGUUUGAGGUGGUGGAGACGCCGAGCCGCCUCUACUUGGUGCUGGAGUACGCGGGGGGCGGAGACCUCCACAGCAGGAUCGCCACCGACGGAAAACUGUCCGACAACGCCAGCAAGAUCAUCUUCGCCCAGAUCCUCUCCGCCAUCAAAUAUAUGCACGACAUCAACGUCAUCCACCGGGACCUGAAGGCGGAGAACGUCCUGCUGACCUGCAGCGGCUGCGUGAAGGUGGCCGACUUUGGAUUCAGCACGCAGGUUUCCAACCGCAGCGUGGCCCUCGACACCUUCUGCGGCUCGCCGCCCUACGCCGCCCCGGAGCUUUUCCGGGACGAGUGCUACCUGGGGGCCCCGGUGGACGUGUGGGCCAUGGGGGUCCUCCUCUUCUUCAUGGUGACCGGCACCAUGCCGUUUCGCGCCGAGACCAUAGGGAAGCUGCGGCGCUGCGUCAUCGAAUGCGCCUACACCGUCCCCCCCUGGGUGCCCGGCCCCUGCCAGAGGCUCAUCAAGGGCAUCCUGAAGGGGGACCCCGCAGAGCGCCACGCCGUCGACCAAAUGCUGGGCUGCGAUUGGCUCCUGCCGGUGCAGUUUCCCUGGACGAUGGCGACUCCUGAACUUUCCAGCCCUCUGCAGAGCAUGCUGGACUCGGAGCGCAGCGACCUGGCGGAAGAGGUGGAGCAGGUGGAGGAGGAGGUCAGGAGCUCGCUGGAGGAGCUCGGCUUCAGCACGGAGCACCCGCCCAACGGUCGUCCCAAAGACAGCCGCAGCGCCGUUACCGGGGUUUACCGGAUCUUGCUGCACCAAGCCCAGAAGAGGAGGGGCUGCGACAGUCCCCCGGUGGUCCGAGGGAUGGUGAGGGACCCCAAGAGGGAGGGGCUCCGGGCCUACAAGGGCCUCAGACACACGUCCAAGCUAUGUGUGCUUUCAUAGUAAUAAUAUGACUUUUUUUAUGCACAACAUGUCAUUUGUAGCUCCGGUGCUUUUUUAUUCGACAUAUUAUAGUUUGCAGGGAAGUGACUUUCUUUUUUCUUUUUUUUUUACCAACAAAUACUUUAAAAUGUACUUAAUUUCAGUGCAUAUUGUUUGGGGAUAGCCUGUGGUAUAUAUCAAUGUGCCUUAUGAAGUUAAGAGGCCUGUGUAGUUUAAAAUAUCCAGAACUUUUAAGAAGAAAUAGUGAUAUCUAAAAUUAUAAAAAUGAAUAUAAUUUUGUGCCACUUAUUUAUUUAUACAGAUAUGUAAAAUGAUCAGACUUUUUUUCUUGUAAGGAUCUCUUUUAUUCAUGCAAAUAUGCAAAAAUCCUUUGGUGUGCAGGGGGGGGUCCUUAAUAUGAAGAUGGUACGUUUGUAAUAGUGAGAGCGGAAAGCUUUAAAAAUAAACCUCAUCACUUGAAGCGGUUCAAAUUGUUCAUGCAAACUGUUGGAAAAGACACUGACGCGUCACGUUACGCAGCAGGUGCACGCGGUGCGCGCGCUCGUGCCUUGUUUACAGUCUCUCUACGGGCCUGCGAGUAAAUAACUGUCACGGUCACGACAGCAGCUGGCAGGACACCAGGUGAUACUCGGGACGCCCCGUCUCCAUCGCCACAACCGGCCCAAACCAGACUCAACCCGGCUCCCCCCCCCUUCUGGCGAUGGAAAACGCACCAAUCCCCGCCCCCUCGCGGCCCUGCCCGCCCCCACCAGCAGGAAUGGGCAGAUGGUCCGGCGGGGCUGCGGAGACAUCUGCAGGCCGAACAAUAGGCGCUCUGUGCGGACCGCUGGAGCUGACAGGCCCGGAGCUCCCGCUAUUGUGCGCCGCGCUAUACACAUGCAGAUGAGGCCCGCGGGGGAGGGUCGGGUAGGGGGGGUUCUGUUCUUUUUCACUGCCAGCAGAUGACGGGCUGCGCCUUUCACACAAAUCUGCUGGGUUUGUAACUUUUGUUAGUUUCAUAAGCACCGCCCCGCCCCCUCCUGUCUGACCCCCCCCACACCGCCUUCACCCAAACCCGCACGAUACACGCAU